AUGUCUUCUCGGGGUCUUUUCUUUGUAUUGGUCUUGCUGGCCACCGGGAUCAACUUUGUAUCGGCCAUUCAUGGCCAUCAUCAUGGUCGGCACACGCAUCUUCACUCAGGCAUCCACGCUCGGAACGAUAGCAGGCCCUCGAAUGCGUCGUCUCUAGUUGAGGAGGCCCUCGCAGCACUUAGCGAGCUCAACAAGGACCGACUUGAGAACCCACAUUUCAACACGUACGAGUUUCGUCCUCGUCAAUCCUCACGGAAGCUUGCUCCGGCCUUGGAUUCCUCUGAUCUUGCCACGAACGGCACUCUACGGCGGCGCCAACAAGGCAACAGCACCAAAACGGCAAGCUAUUCGAUCUCUCCCGAACUAGCCGAAGCUGCGAGAGUUCUGGCCGAGGCGUCGCCGCAGAUCCCUUCUGGCAAUCACAGCGAAGUAGCGGCCGCAAUCAGGAGAAAAUACUCGAAAAAGCACAACGACACCAACACUCCCGCAAGCCAUAAGACACCAGAAGGGCGACUCUCGGUGUACGGCGACGACGCUGGCGCCUCCGGGGGCACCAAAGUCAAGCGAGCAGAUGGCUGGUGGAUGAGGGACAUGGGGUCAACGGGUGCCAGCCCCCUGUACGCGCAGGUAUGGCGCAAUGUGAAGGACUUCGGUGCCAAAGGCGAUGGCGUCACGGAUGACACAGCUGCCAUCAACCUUGCUGUGUCGAGUGGUGGCAGAUGUGGUCCUGACUGCGGGUCGAGCACUAGAUUUCCUGCCGUUGUGUACUUUCCUCCCGGGACGUACCUGGUCAGCAGCCCAAUCAUUCAGUAUUUCAAUACUGAGUUCCUAGGCGAUCCCCUCAACGUCCCGACUCUCCUCGCUGCCUCGAGCUUCGUCGGUCAGGGCGUCAUCACGAGCGAUGUCUAUAUAAGUGACGAUGUAGAAUGGUAUCUCAACACGGCGAAUUUUCUGCGAAGUGUCCGAAACUUCAAGAUUGAUAUCCGCCCCGCGUCCCCUUGGAGCUACAUGUGCGGGAUUCACUGGCAAGUUGCUCAGGCUACAUCCUUGGAGAAUAUCGAGUUUUAUAUGCUCUUCGAGUCGGAUGUUCCUGGCAAUAACCAGCAGGGUAUUUAUAUGGAGAACGGCUCAGGAGGAUUCCUAGCCGAUCUUACCUUUGUCGGCGGACAUUUCGGGGGGCGAAGGGCAUACUUUGGCAACCAGCAAUUCACAAGCAGCCAUCUCGUGUUUGUAAACUCAGUCAUUGGUCUUCAGGUGCAUUGGGACUGGGCUUGGACCAUGCAAAACUUCAUCUUUGAAAGCUGCGGUAUUGGUCUGAUGAUCACCGGUGGUGCUGGCAAGCCCAAACCGGAUAAUCAAGGUGUUGGCUCCCUGAUCCUUGUCGAUGCUAUCAUCGCCAAUACUCCACAAGCCAUUGUGACCACACUAGUCGCCGACCAUGCAACUUCCUUUCUGCUGCAGAAUGUCGGCUUCUUCAACACGCGCCGUUGUGUUGAGGACCUGGCUACAGGCCAAGUUUUGCUUGAUGGCGGCGACCAACUCAUCAUGGAGAACUGGGGCUUCGGCCGGCUGACCCUUGCCGGCUGGGGUGGCUCUGACACCGUCUUCACUGGCGGAGCCAGAAUACCCGUCAUGAAACGGAACCCAGGCUUGGUCGGCAAUGCUUAUCCGUACCAAGAGCCAAACUUGUUCACGAGGAGGCGACCCCAGUAUCUUGAUGUUCCGGCGACGAAAGUGAUGAACGUGAAAGCGCUAGGAGCCAAGGGCGAUGGAGUUACCGACGAUACAGAUGCGCUCAACUCCAUCAUAGAGGGGGCGGCAAACACUUCCUCGGUCGUUUUCAUCCCUUAUGGGGUGUACAUUGUGACAGACACAUUGCGUGUGCCCGCUGGAUCCCGAAUCAUCGGGCAGGUCUGGCCUCAGAUCAUGGGUACCGGCGACAAGUUCUCGGACGAGGCCCACCCAAGGGCUGUACUGCAAGUCGGCAAGGCUGGGGACAUAGGCAUCGCCGAGAUCACCAGCAUAAUGGUUACAGUCCGGGGACCUACAGCAGGCGCUGUUGCCAUUGAGUGGAAUAUUGCCGAGUCAAGCCUCGGAGCUGCUGGCAUGUGGGACACUCACGUUCGGGUCGGCGGUGCUGCUGGAAGUGAUCUCUCCGUCCAGAACUGCCCAAAGAACUCCGGCAUCGUCAACCCCCGCUGCAAGGCAGCCUCACUGCUCAUGCACCUCAAGCCCAAGUCUACCGCCUAUCUUGAGAAUGUUUGGCUCUGGACGGCCGACCACGACCUUGACACUUCUACAUUGGAUCAAAUAGACAUCUAUGCAGGCCGUGGUCUUCUCGUCGAGAGCGACAAGGCGUGGUUAUGGGGCACGUCAGUCGAGCACAACGUUCUGUACCAGUACCAGUUCUCCAACGCCAAAGAUGUGGUGAUGGGCAUGAUCCAGACAGAGUCCCCAUACUUCCAGCCUGUGCCGCAGGCACCAGAGCCCUUUACCACGGGCCUCUUUCCCAACGACCCCACAUUCACCAGCUGUAUCGGAGCUGCAUCGCCCCGGUGUGCUGUCUCCUGGGCCGUCCGCAUCAUAGACUCGACCUCGAUUUACAUGCUAGGCGCCGGUCUCUACAGCUGGUUUGAUGACUACAAGCAGGACUGUGUGGCCACGGAAGACUGCCAGGAGCGUGGGUUUGAGAUCCAACAGAGCACCGACAUAUGGAUUUAUAACCUCUGUACCAAGGCAAUUCAGGAGAUGAUCACACCGCUGGGGCUCGUCCCCGUCUAUGCCAGGAACAAUGUCAACGGCUUUCUUUCGUCAGUUCUCGCGUGGCUGAUAGGAUCAGAAGGCAUUGCGGGCGAGCGAGAGUUCCCCGGAUACCAGGUUUGGACUGCCGGCAUGCUGGACAGGCUUUCAGGUCCCAUGCUGCCAGAGCAGUGCCAGAAGGCCCUUACCGAGGUCAUCUUGUGUGACAACAGGACAGAGCUGUUCCAGGCCUCUGCACUUCGGAGCUGGCAGGGGAGUGUGGAAGCCACGGACAAGGUCUGCAGGGCGUCCUGCGGCAAAAGCUUGAAAAGCUGGUACGAUACUGUCUCCAUCGCCUGUGCCGGGCAUAUGGUCAAUGACGCACUGCCAACUCUCCUCGGGGGUCGCAUCUGGGACGGAUGGAAUCAGACGUGCCUCAAAGACCCUGCUAGCCGGAAGUACUGCGGCGAGAUCAUUGGCGGCUUUACCAAAGUCUCCAGGAUCGAGGACAUGCCUAGGAACGAGCUCUGUUCCUUCUGCUGGGUGGAACACUACGCCCUGCCCCAGCGGUCACGAUACUCCAAAUAUGAUGCCUUCUUGCAGUCUCAACUAGAAUACACGGUGUCGCAGUGCGGCCAGAACUCGGUCAACACCACAAUACCAGAGUCUCCCCUCGACCUCCCCGCGCCCUCGACGUAUUGCCAGACCGACAAAUGGUAUACCACAAAGGCGGGCGACACCUGCGACUCCAUCGCCUCCGCAAACGGCGUCGCCUCCGCAAGCAUCUACCUCGGGAAUCCCGAGAAUGUGUACAACUGCUCUUCGAUCGAGCCCGGCACUCGCCUGUGUCUGCCGCCGCCCUGCGUGCGGACCUACGAGCUUCAGCCGGACGACACCUGCUUCUCGAUCGAGUACAACCUCACUUUUGCCACCCAGGCGCUGGCCUUUGGAAAGGUCCAAGAGUACAACCGCUGGGUGGACGGCAACUGCUCGAAUCUGCACGCGGCCAGCGACAGCACCUUUGGGCACAUCCUCUGCCUGUCCCCUCAAAACGGCGAGUUCAAAGCCAACGGCUCCAUCCCCGUCGACACGACCACGCCCAAGCCCAAGCCCGGCUAUAGUGAUCAUGUCAGCCUGCCCCCGGCGGGAUCGCAAGUCGCCAAGGACACGACUCGCAACUGCGGCACCUGGCACACCGCCACCUCCAACGACACGUGCAGCUCAAUUGCCUUUGGCCACGGGACGACGAUCACCAUCUUUAUGGCCGCGAAUCCUUCGCUCGGGCCGGAUAUCCCGGGCUGUAGCGGUCGGCUGCUGCAGGAAACUACUUACUGUGCUUUGCCGCUUAGUUCAUGGGACAAGUUCUAA